AAUAGUGUUCUGUGUCAGCUAAGUGUAGCCAAUCAUACAUUAUUUAUCUAAACAUUUGUGACGUUUAAUUUCUUUUAACGCCAUACUUUUAUAUCCUUCGUACAGCUUAUCCUGUAAAGUAACGGGCGUAGGUUUCAUCAUUGCCUCAGUGUAGUCCAAUUUAAGGUGAUUAUUCAAUUUGUACUCCCUUUUUUGUGCACAGUUUAUUCAUGCCAAAUAGCCGCACGUACAGUCAUCCAUAUAAGUGGACACAGUGAUCAAAUAUUAAACAUUUUUUCUCGUGAGUUAAAAAUAAAAUUAAACAUCAAAAAUGACUGUAGGGAAAACUGCGAAAAUAUCAUCACCCUCUAUGAGGAGACGGAAAUCUGCUUUAGGCGAAGACGAUGAUUUGGAACGAGAAACAAAAGCAUUAGCUUCAUUUUAUCCAAGUCCACCGCCCGUAGACUUUGUUCAAAGUACAAUGUAUGGACAAUACACAAAAGAAUUGGGUGAUUAUGUCAAAGGAAGGCAGCAGAAUAUACCAGCGCCCGCCAUACACGGAAGUACUAACGAAGAAUUCAGCAAGUAUGGCGGGAAAAUCAGUUCAACUUUGGAAGUCGUAUGGCGCCAUUCGUUCGCAAAGCUCAGCGAAGAUUGGGUAUUUCUCACGUUGUUGGGUCUCGUCAUGGCCGUAUUAAGUUUUGCCAUGGAUUAUGGUAUAGACUUCACCAACGAAGGAAGAAUAUGGCUAUUCAAAGAUAUGACAUUCAACCAGUAUUUGCAGUAUAUUGCUUGGGUACUUUUACCAGUCAGUUUGAUAACAUUUGCAGCAGGAUUUGUACACUUAGUUGCACCCCAAUCUAUUGGCUCAGGAAUACCAGAAAUGAAAACAAUAUUAAGGGGCGUCGCUUUAAAAGAAUUCCUCACAUUAAGAACGUUGAUCGCAAAGGUUGUCGGCGUUACAGCAACCCUAGGUUCUGGUCUACCUCUCGGCAAAGAGGGUCCGUUCGUGCACAUUGCCAGUAUAACGGCCACGCUUUUGACGAAAGUAAUCACUUCGUUCAAAGGAAUCUACGAGAACGAAUCGCGAAACACUGAAAUGCUGGCUGCAGCGUGUGCGGUCGGAGUUGCGAGCUGCUUCGGAGCUCCUAUAGGCGGUGUGCUCUUCAGCAUCGAAGUAACAACCGUGUACUUCGCAGUGAGAAACUACUGGAGAGGUUUCUUUUCGGCAGUCUGUAGCGCGACAGUGUUCCGAUUGCUGGCCGUAUGGUUCAACAAAGCCGAAACUGUAAAAGCUUUUUUCCCGACCCAUUUCACUAUGGAAUAUCCAUUUGAUCCUCAAGAAUUGACAGUUUUUGCUUUACUUGGGGUAGUCUGUGGAAUUAUCGGAGCCGGUUACGUUUGGGCGCACAGGCAAUACGUAUUGUUUAUGAGACAAAGUAAAAGAAUGAACUCUUUCCUACAAAGAAGUAACCGUUUUUUAUAUCCGAGCCUUAUAACGUUUCUCAUUACAAUCACAUUCCCUCUGGGCACCGGUAAAUAUAUUGCUGGCGAACUGAACGUACACGACCAAUUAACUGGGCUGUUUAGUAAUUUCACGUGGACGAAGACUGAGUUCACCAUCGAGGAGGCAGAAAUGAUGAAUCAUUGGCGAACAGAAAACACCAACGUUUUCAUUUGUUUAUCGGCUUACAUAGCUUAUAAUUUUGUAUUCUCUAUAAUAGCAUCCACCAUUCCAAUACCAUCCGGUAGUUUCAUUCCAGUGUUCAAAACUGGGGCCGCGUUCGGUCGAAUAGUCGGCGAACUCAUGCACUUGUGGUUCCCGUACGGUGUUAGACACGGAAAAUUCAUCACGCCUAUAAUACCGGGAGGUUAUGCCGUGGUGGGAGCAGCAGCUUUUGCCGGGGCCGUUACACAUUCCAUUUCAGUGUCUGUAAUCGCUUUCGAAAUGACGGGACAGAUCACACACAUUGUACCUGUCAUGAUCGCCGUGUUAAUAUCAAACGCUGUAGCAGUAUUACUACAGCCUUCGUUAUACGACAGUAUUAUACUAAUAAAGAAUCUACCUUACUUGCCGGAUCUUCUCCCGUCCAUAUCUGGUAUUUACAGUGUGUACGUAGAAGAUUUCAUGGUCAGAGAUGUCAAGUACAUUUGGUAUAAUAUGAGCUACAGAGACUUGAAAAAAGUGCUGAGAGAAAACAAGGUUCUUAGAGUGUUCCCGUUAGUCGACAAACCAGACUCAAUGAUUUUAUUGGGAUCAGUGCCUCGGAUUGAAUUAAUAAAACUAAUCGAUAGACAAGUGGGUAAAGAAAGGCGAAUGCAGGUAGUUGCUAAAUGGCAGAAAGAAGCACAGGAGAGACUUGAUGAGGUAGAAAGAAGAAGAAGGGAAAACAAAGAAAGGAGACCUUCCAGAUUUGAAGUCACGCCGGCACCAGAUACUCUACAGAGGAAAUAUUCAAUUAGUUCUCAAUCGCUUUCUACAAAUCCCGUAAUUAAGGUACAAUGCAGUUCUUCAAUGAAAGGACAUCCGAAAAAAUCUAUUUUAAAAAAGACCAAUUCGUUCACUCUACAUAACCUGACACCAAUGAUGACUCCAUCAGCUACACCGUAUUCGACGAUAACUGGAGCCGAGAGUCGCAUACGACUAGCGUUCGAAGCUAUAUUUCACAAAUCUGCUACACUACGAGAUGCAAAUCCAGAGCAGCAGAGCUUGACAGAUAUUACAGAUAAGGAUCGGUGUUCGUCGCAGAUUAUACAAGUGUCCAAAAAAGUUCAAUUGCCCAAGGAAAGAGUCAUAGACAUGUCACCGGAAGAGCAAAGUGAAUGGGAACAAACAGAAAUGGACAAGAUUUUAGACUUUGGUUCCUGUCACAUUGAUCCGGCACCGUUUCAGCUAGUCGAGAGGACGUCUUUACUUAAGGUCCAUUCGGUGUUCUCGUUGGUCGGUGUCAAUCACGCUUACGUUACUGCCAUUGGUCGCCUGGUCGGCGUCGUCGGACUAAAAGAACUGAGAAAAGCCAUAGAAGACACCAACUCGGGAACUAAACUCGGACACCACAAGACAUCUGGUUUCCGAAGCGCUGCGAUGGAAUCGCUGUUAAGUAAUAGACGAAUGGAUGACGACUAUGACGUGUAAAAUAUAUAAAUUUACAUUUUGUAAAAGUAAUUCAAUACUGACCUUUUUUAAGAAAACAUAACUAUCUUUUGAUUAUCACACACCGAUAAGACUAUAAACAUAGGAAUCGUUAAAAAAAAUCUAUAAACAUAUAAAAAAUUUUAUGCGGUUUACUUGACAUCGAUCAUCAACUUUUUCAAAUUUUUGAAUUACCAGUAUAUCUUACCUUCCUUUUAAAUUUUAAAUUAAAAUGAAAAAAAUGAUACGAUUAAUGGCUUUAUGGAAAAAAUUUAAAAUACUGGAAUAAUCUAUUUCAAGUUAACCUCUUAAAAAAUUUAAAUUUCUUAUCAUAACUUUUCAGUUACGUUGAAUAAAAGGUAAGUAUGUACAUGAAUUUUAACGAAAAAUAAUAUCACUCGUCGCGUAAACAGAUUAGUGACGUCAUGUUCGUGUACACCUAAAACCAUUUUUAGACUAUAACAACAUAUGUUACAGACUAAUAAUCACUUACUAUAUAUGUAUGUAUACGUUUAGACACUUAAAAAUUUUCUAAAUCGAACCUUAGAAAAACGGUUGGUAUUGAAUCUCCUUAUAUAAAAUAUUAUGUAAAGCAUCAUAACUACUCAUUAAAUUUAAAAGUUAAGACUGUCUUACUGGCAACUUGAUAUGUUUUUGCUAAAUGUUAUAAAUGAAAUGUUAUGAGUACCUAUUGUUGUAUAAUAAAUACUUAAAAUAUAA